AUGGUCGAACCUCAUAGACCCUCGACCUAUCUCGCCAACAGUCAGGUUAUAGACACCAUUUUACAUGACCUUGAGUUCCGCAACCAAUCUCUUAUCAAGCUGCAAAAAGCCAUUCGCAUAAAAACAGAAACCCACGACGAUGACCCGGCUACUGUAGAGGAUGACCCUGAAUACUGGUCAAAGUUUGAUAUUUUUGAAAGUUACCUAAGGUCGACUUUUCCUUUAUUCUAUCAGAACACGGAGCUUCAUAAGGUCAACUAUCAUGGUCUUGUCUACAUUUGGAGAGGUACAAACACGACCCUUAAGCCACUUCUUUUAAUGGGCCACCAAGACACCAGCCCAGUGCCGGAGUCGACCCUCCCCUUGUGGACUUAUCCACCUUUUGAGGCACAUUACAACGGCACGCAUCUUUUUGGCCGGGGAUCUUCAGAUUGCAAGAACCUGGUCAUUGGCUACUUUGAGGCUGCCGAAGAGCUUAUGAAAGUGGGUUUUAUUCCUCGUCGCACUGUCGUAUUUUCGUUUGGUUUCGACGAGGAAGUGAGUGGUGUGCGUAAUAGGAACGCCCAAUGGCUGGAACAGGAAUUUGGUUCUAAGUCUAUGUAUGCAAUUUGCGAUGAAGGAGGUGUUUCUUUAACCACACUCGACGGGACCACCAUGGCUGUUCCUGGAACAGGAGAGAAAGGCUUUCUGAAUCUGUGGAUUGACCUAAGCACCCCAGGUGGCCAUUCUUCUGUGCCUCCUGACCACACCUCAUUGGGAAUCAUGGCAGAUCUCAUGAUACAAAUUGAAAAUGACCCAUUUCCGUCUUACUUCACGCCACAGAACCCCACAUACUACCAAUAUGUUUGUCUAGCCGAAAAUUCUGCUACCAUUGACAAAGAGCUGAAGAAAAAUAUUCUCCAGAGCCAAACUAGUGCGUUGUCAAAUAAAAAGGUCAGAGAGUACCUCGAAUCAAGUCGGUGGCUGAAAUACUAUAUUAAGACAUCGCAAGCACUAGAUGUGAUUCAUGGAGGAGCAAAGUCUAAUGCGCUGCCGGAGUUCGUCCAGUUGACCAUCAAUUCGCGAGUUGCCAUUGAGGAAUCCAUCCACUCAGCACUAGAAAAGUAUCUCCGGAACGUUAAAAAUGUUGCUGAAAAGUACGGUCUUGGCCUGAGCUACCAGCUGAAAAACGAGCCAGUCGUUGAAAUAUUUCCUCAAACACCUCAAGGUGACUUUCUGGUUCACACUGACGAGUAUUUCGAUGUUGCUCCUUUGACUCCCGUAAACGACAACCAUUGGAAAAUAUUUGCCGGAAACAUUAAACACGUGUAUGAGGAGCUCGUUUGGCCAGACAAAUAUCAAGGCCCGAAUGCCCACAACCCUAUAAUUGUGUCUCCAGGUAUUGCUCCGGGAAACACAGAUACAAAAUACUACUGGAACCUUUCUGAUCACAUCUAUCGGUAUAGACCCGGAGAGUAUACUAGUGUCGAGACCUCUGCCCACGGGGUGAACGAAUGGAUCAAAUUCGACAGUCAUCUGCAGAUCAUAGUGUUCUACUUUCAGUACAUCCAGAGUGUAGAUGAGAUCGACGAUUGA